AUGAUGGUGAAUGAUGGUGAUUUUGCGUAUGAUGUAUUUAUCAGUUUCAAGGGCGAAAACGGGACUCGCUAUGCAUUCACCGAUCAUCUCUACCGAGCUUUUCUCCGUCAUGGAAUCAACGCCUUCAGAGAUGAUCAGAGUCUCCGGAGCGGGGAUGAAAUCCGUCCUUCUCUUCUUGAGGCAAUCGAAGCUUCCAGAAUCUCUUUGGUCGUGCUCUGUCAAAACUAUGCAUCUUCCUCGUGGUGCCUUGACGAACUGGCCAAGAUCAUUCACUGUUACGAAAACAAAGGAAAACAUGUCGUCGCAAUUUUUUAUUUGGUGGAACCUUCGGAUGUACGGUACCAAAAGAACAGUUACGCAACUGCCAUGAUUAAACACGAAAACAGAUACGGAAAAGACUCGGAGAAGGUUAAAGCAUGGCGAUCAGCUUUGUCCAGAGUAUGCGACCUAUGCGGAAUACACUACAGGAACCAUAUGUAUGAAACUGAGGUUAUUGAGAAGAUUGUGAAAGACACCUCAACUAAACUACCUCCCAUGCCUUUACAAACCAAGCACCUUGUUGGACUUGUUUCUCGUUUUGAACGAGUGAAAUCUCUAAUAGAUAUUGAUUCUAGUGAUGCCGUUUCCAUGCUGGGGAUCUAUGGAGUUGGCGGAAUAGGCAAAACCACAUUUGCUGUGGAUCUGUAUAACAAGAUCAGGCAUCAUUUUGAAGCUGCAAGCUUUCUGGCUAAUGUCAGAGAAAAAUCAAAUAAAAGCAUUGAAGGCCUGGAAGAUCUUCAAAGGACACUUCUGUCUGAGAUGGGUGAAGAGACAGAAACCAUUAUUGGCAGUAUAUUUAAAGGAAGCUCUGAAAUAAAGCGCAGGCUUGGACAUAAAAGAGUUCUUCUCGUUGUGGAUGAUGUUGAUUCUGUAAAACAAUUGGAAGCAUUAGCUGGAGGAUAUGAUUGGUUUGGUCCUGGUAGCAGAAUCGUUAUAACAACAAGAGAUAAAGAUGUUCUACAUAAGCAUGAUGUUGAAAUUAAAAGAUAUGAAAUGGAGGAGUUAAAUUAUCAUGAAUCUCUUGAACUCUUUUGUUGGUAUGCCUUUAAUAGGAGCAGACCGGCAGAAAACCUUGCAAACAUCUCUACUCGUGCAGUAAGGUAUGCAAAGGGUAUUCCAUUGGCAUUAAGAGUAAUAGGCUCAAAUUUGAAGGGUAGAAGUCCUGAGGAAUGGGAAAUUGAAUUGCAGAAAUAUAGGAAGGUUCCAGAUGCGGAGAUUCAAGGUGUACUGGAAAUAAGCUAUGAAAGCCUAUCAAACUUGGACCGGAAAAUUUUCCUGGACAUUGCUUGUUUCUUCAAAGGUGAAAGGUGGGAUUAUGUUAAAAGGAUAUUAGAUGCUUCAGAUUUCUACCCGGAUAUACAAGUAUUUGUUAGUAAAUGUCUCAUAACUGUUGAUGAAUAUGGUUGCUUAGAAAUGCAUGAUCUAAUACAAGAUAUUGGUAGAGAGAUUGUUCGGAAGGAAUCGCCAUCAAACCCUGGUUGCCGCAGUAGAUUAUGGUCUCAUAAAGAAGUUCAUGAAGUGCUUAGAGAAAACUCAGGAAGUGAUACAGUUGAAGGAAUAAUGCUUCAUCCCCCAAAACAAGAAAAAAUUGAUUAUUGGAGUAUGACAGCCUUCAAGAAGAUGAAGAACCUCAGAAUUUUGAUUAUUCGCAAUGCAAUAUUUUCGUCUGGUCCUAGUUAUCUGCCAAAUAGUUUACGACUACUCGAUUGGAAGGGGUACCCAUCAAAGUCAUUUCCGCAAAACUUUUAUCCCCACAGAAUUGUUGACUUCAAGUUACCUCAUAGUUCUCUGAUAUUGAAAAAUCCAUUUCAGAGAUUUGAGGAUUUGACAUUCAUCAAUCUUUCCCAUUGUCAAUUCAUAACUCAAAUUCCUGACCUUUCUGGAGCUAAAAGCUUAAAGGUAUUUACACUUGAUAAAUGCCAUAAACUGCUAAGGUUGGAUAAAUCCAUUGGGUUUAUGCCUAACCUUGUGUAUUUAAGUGCUUCAGAGUGCACUCUGCUCACAAGUUUUGUGCCAAAAAUGUAUUUACCCUCUCUCGAAGUGCUUUCAUUUAACUUUUGCAGAAGACUUGAACACUUCCCACUUGUAAUGGAAAAAAUGGAUAAGCCAUUGAAGAUAUACAUGAUGGAUACUGGCAUUAAAGAGAUUCCGAAAUCCAUUGGUAACCUCACUGGGCUUGAGCAUAUAGACAUGUCAGUUUGCAAAGGGCUUAAAAAUCUACCAAGUAGCUUCUUUUUGCUUCCAAAACUUGUCACUUUAAAAGUUGAUGAAUGCUCUCAACUUGGAGAAUCAUUUCAAAGGUUCCAAGAGAGCCGCCAUUCAGUGGCAAAUGGCAGUCCAAAUUUAGUGACACUUCAUUUUUGUGAGGCUAAUCUAUCAUAUGAAGAUCUUUGUGCCAUUCUUGAAAUUUUUCCAAAAUUGGAAAACUUGAAUGUAUCACACAACGGAUUUGUAGCCCUACCAAACAGCAUCAGAGGAUCUUCUCACUUGAAAAGUCUUGAUGUGAGUUUCUGCAGGAAUCUUAAGGAAAUUCCAGAACUUCCCUUAAGUAUUCAGAAAGUAGAUGCAAGACACUGUCAGUCCUUAACUUCAGAGGCAUCAAGCAUGCUAUGGUCUAAGGUCUCAACAGAGAUCCAAAGAAUACAAGUUGUGAUGCCGAUGCUAAAAGGGGAAAUACCUGAAUGGUUUGACUGCAUUGGCACUAAAGAGAUUCCACAUUUCUCGGCUCGCAGAAAGUUUCCCAUUGUUGCUUUAGCAUUAGUUUUCCAGGAACCGAAAGAGACACUGUCUGUUAUAGAAGAGGCUUUCCAAUCUGCUUUAGAAUCGUUCACUGGAUUUGUGAAUUGCCACACUGUUAGUCUCCACUUGUUUAUUGACGGAAGAGAAAUAUGUGGUAGAGAUUAUCACUAUUUCAACGUUGGGGAAGAUCAUGUAUUAUUUUGUGAUCUACGAGUCCUGUUCAGUGAUGGAGAGUGGCUGGGCCUUGACGCAAGUCUUGAAGAUGAUUGGAAGGCCAUUCAGGUUCAAUAUGAAUCAGACCUGAUUCUCAGUCGGUGGGGAGUUUAUGUGUACGAGCAAGAAACAAAUAUGGAUGACAUCCAGUUCAGGUUUCCCACUCCUAGAUCUACUAGAAACCACAUGCCAUCGUCACUUUUGGUCCCAAAAGUUUCUCCAAAGCAGAAAAUGAAGCAUAUGCUGGAUAGUUUUGAUCCACGAGACUUGUUUAACAAGAACCUGUCUCUAUUGGAGUCAGAAGAGGGUCCAAUAAGGUCUGGAAAAGUACUUUUGAGGACCUGGAGGAAUGCUAAGGCUGAGAUUAGAGAGGCAGCUUCAGUUUCGGUCUACGGAGCAAGUUUAAAACAAGAACAUGAAGAGUCUGUUGAGGAGGUGAUACAGGUUUUAGAGAUGAUAAAGGAGAACGUACCCAAACGCUUUUCUGAUUCAAACCCUGAAGAAAUGCAAUUUUUUGGUGGAUUUGUAGAAAGAUUAUUGAGGGCACGGGUAGAAUUAAUGAAGGAAAACGGGUUGGACAUGGGUAUGCCAAUUCUUCUAGAGUACACUGAAGUAGGAGGCUCUAAAUGUCGACGCUUUUGGGGAGUGAUGGAGUUAAAAGUGGGAGAUCCAUUUUACAAAGCAGUGUUGAGGAAGUACAACCAGCUUUCAUGGGAAUUUUCGACCAGCAACGAAGCCUCAAGGUCUGGAUCGUGGUUAGAAAACUUGAGAGUGACCAUUGUUUUAUUGGAAUGCCUGGGUCCGGCCAUAGAGGAAGCUUCAGGCUUUGCCUAUGAGGAAUCCUUGGAGGAAGGAUACUACGAUCCUGAAUUAGAAGAGUUAAUGAGGCGGAUAGAGCAAGAUGCUAUGGGGUUUAAUAAAUCUUACGGCAAAAUGAAGGCAUCUAUUGUUCGAACCGAUGAAUCAGUUUCUCCAAAGUAUUUAUUGGAGACAUUAAUCUUCAGAAGACUAAUGAUACUGGGAAAAUUGUCAAUGUUUGGAUCUGCAACCAAGUUCAAGAUAACACCUUAUGGGAAGAUAAGGGUUGAGGACGAUCCAUUCCGAACUCUGAAGACAUGCUUCUGGAGUUUGAUCUUGGUUCUUUAUGUUCUUUUCUUCAUAAUCAUAUGUUUAUUUUGUUUGAUAGGAUUCGUGGGGCUUUUGAUUUGUAGGAUACCAAUAAUAAGAAAAAUAUUUGUGUGUGGUUGGUGGCUUCUCAUGCAAAUUCUUGUGUCUUGCAAAUACUUGUAUCAUAGUGUGGGUAAGAUUAUGAAAAUAAAGAGGAAGGAAUUGUAG